AUGUUCAAGUCUGUGGACUAUACGGAUCCUGUGGGAGCGCCGAGUGACUCAGAUGUGGAGCCGACUGAGCGGAAGAACGAGAAGCAUGUGAGCAUACACCAGGAGGCCGUGGCGGAGUCGCUGAAGCGGGAGGCGCUUCCGAAGUUUGAGCGGCGGCCGCUGAGCGAUACGCCGAUCACCAGUGCGUGGAACUCUCCCGGAUUGUCUGAGGAGAACACGCCUACUGACUCGCCUGAGAACAGAAGUGCGCUGGACCUGACCAAGUUUAGCCAGCUGAAUAUUGCGCACGAUGAUGAUGAGGAGCAGGGUGCCGGUGACAAUGAUACUGGGAAGUCAAGCGAUCACAACAGCGACAGCGAGACGGUGAAGCUGUCUACGAAGAGCAAAGGCUCGUUCAGGGACCUGCUGGCGGCAAACUCCCUUGAGUACUCCUCGAAGAAAGUGUCUACGAUAGAUGUGCCGGGACUGACUAGGUCUAAGGACUCUCCCGAUGGCAUGAUCUCUAGCAAAGAUGCGGGCUCCAAGCUUAUAAUCGUGAUGGUCGGCUUGCCUGCUACAGGUAAGUCCUUCAUCACCAAUAAACUCUCUCGAUACUUGAACUACUUGAUGUACUACUGCAAAGUGUUCAAUGUCGGUAAUACCAGAAGACAAUACUCCAAAGAGCACUCGUUGCAUGAACAAGACUCUAAAUUCUUUGACCCAUCUAACGAGGAGUACAAGAAACUUAGAGACAAAUGGGCCUUGGACACUUUGGAUGAGUUACUAGACUACUUACUGAACGGAAUGGGAUCUGUGGGAAUAUUUGACGCUACUAACUCCACAGUGGCAAGAAGAAAAGCCAUUUUGGAUAAGAUAAGAAAGAGGAACCCGAACCUCAAGGUGUUGUUUCUGGAAUCCAUCUGUACAAACAGAGAGCUUGUGGAAAGAAACGUGCGAUUGAAAGUGUUUGGUCCUGACUAUAAGGGUAAAGAUCCCGAGAAAUCGUUGAGGGACUUCAAAGAACGGUUGGCAAAUUAUUUAACAGCCUAUGAACCAAUUGACGACUCGGAAGAUAUCUGCUAUAUUAAAAUGGUCGAUGUGGGUAAGAAAGUGAUAGCCUACAAUAUCGAGGGUUUCUUAGCAUCGCAGACCGUAUAUUAUUUAUUGAACUUUAACCUUCGUGAAAGACAAAUAUGGAUCACAAGAAGUGGCGAAAGUGAAGACAAUGUCAGCGGUAAGAUAGGUGGAGAUUCACAUCUAACAGAGCGUGGUAAGCGCUAUGCUAAGGCUCUAUCAAACUUUAUAAACGAGCAGAGAAUAGCAUUUUACAACCGUGAAAUAGAAAACGCUAAAAGACAAAGAGAUCAAUAUGAGAAGGAUAAGCGUAGGAGAGAAGCUGCACUAAAGAAUAAUCUCACAAAUGGUGAACAAUCCACAAUGGGCACAGGUACUCCAGAACCCCAACCUUACCAAUGCAAUGAUUUCUUUGUAUGGACGAGUAUGAGGUCAAGAACAAUUGAAACUGCACACUGGUUUGCUGAUGAAGACUAUCCUAAGAAAGAGAUGCGUAUGUUAGACGAAUUAGGGGUAGGUGACUUUAAUGGCAUGACUUACCCAAUGAUUCAAGAAAACUUUCCAGUGGAGUUCGAAAAGAGAAAGAUUGAUAAACUGCGGUAUAGAUAUCCUGGUAUAGGUGGUGAAUCAUACAUGGAUGUUAUUAAUAGAGUAAGGCCAGUGAUUACAGAACUGGAAAGAAUUGAGGAUAAUGUCCUUAUCAUUACACAUAGAGUAGUGGCACGUGUCUUACUAGGCUACUAUAUGAACUUGCGCACUGAUAUUAUUGCUAACUUGGAUGUUCCACUACAUUGUGUUUACUGUUUGGAACCGAAGCCAUAUGGUAUGGAGUGGUCACUCUGGGAGUACGACGAAGACAAAGAUCUAUUCUUUAAAGUUCCUGAGUCUGACUUGAACACAACUAAGGUAAGAGAAAUUGGCUUAGUACACAAGGAGAGAAGAUAUUCUGAAGUUCCUACUGCACCUCCUAGUGCCAAUUCUAACCCAAAUGAUUUCCUUCUUCGUAGAAAUUCUGUAGAUGUUGCCUCACCUCCAUCCGAAACAUCUAAAGACCAUGAAAAUAUAAGUGGUAGCCAACAAGCUAUGGGUAGUAGCAGGCCAAUCAAAAAUGAUUUUAACCAGCCCACAUUAAUGAAUUCGAUGAACACAGUUGGGCCCUCUGGUAGAUAUGACCCAAGAAUUCAAGAUAAAGUAAUUAAUAAACCAAAAAAAUCAAUUUUAAUGAAUGAUGACUAA